GCUUGCCGCACUUCGGGCUUUCUUUAACGCGCCGUGCACGGUCUGUGCCUGUACUCAUUAUAGGCCUAUCGUGCCCGCGCCUCAACCGGUUUGUGUGGUCGGACAUCCGUAAUGCACGGGAGGAACGCCUGUGCGUCGCGCACGGCUGGAGGAGGCAUGCACCUGCACAGAAAACGCCCACGAGCCGGCAAGGGGGUCUUCCGAAGCCCCAGCAUGCAUGCGGACUGACUAGGCUGCUGCACAGGGCUGGGGACACAGAAGGCACGUUGAACAGGACAUCGGAGCUGCAGCAUGGGCGUGGGGACGAGUGAUCGCAAAGAAGAUGCGGGGAUAGGAUGCAUCAAGAUUGCUUUUGGUUGAAGAAUAGAUUGGAUGCACACUUUUUUCCCGUGUUUUUGGCCUGUUCUUUUCUGACUCGUUGAAUACUUUUCUGGUGGUUGUGGUGGUGUGUGUGCGUGAACCGGCACUUGUGUAAAAAGAAAAAAAGGAUGGAUAAAGCCAUGCCUACGAAAGCUUCCGCAGUCAAGAGCUCGCAGGUCGCCGAUGACCUCUCAAAAAUAAGCGACGAGGUUUUGUUAAAGUGGGGCAAAGACGAAUUGGUUCGCCGGUUGCGGAGGUCAGAGGCGGAGAAGAUGAGCGUUAUCUUGGACCACAGUAAUCUGAUGCGGGAGGUGAACCGGCGGCUCCAGCAGCACCUCACCGAGAUACGGAGUCUGAAGGACGUGAACCAGAAGCUGCAGGAGGACAACCAGGAGCUGCGGGACCUGUGCUGCUUCCUGGACGACGACCGGCAGAAGGGGAAGCGGGUUUCCCGGGAGUGGCAGCGCCUCGGCCGCUACAGCGCGGGCCUGAUGCGCAAGGAGGUCACCGUGUACCUGCAGAAGCUCAAGGAGCUGGAGCAGCGGCAGAGCGAGGUGCUGCGCGAGAAUCUGGAGCUCAAGGAGGUGUGCCUCAUGCUGGAGGAGGAGCGGGCCGAGGCGGCGGCGACGGCGGCGGCUGCCGUGGCGGGGCGGGGCGCCGCCGGUGGGGGCGGAGCCGGUGGCGGCCGGGCGGGCGGAGGGCCGGGGACGGCAGGGGGCGACGCCGGCUGCAGGGGCUCCAUCGACAGCCAGGGCAGCCUGCUGGGAGGCGGGCCCGCGCCGGGCCUGCUCCGGGACGUGGGCGACGGGAGCAGCACCUCCAGCGGCGGGAGCACGGAGAGCCCCGACAACCCCCAGAACAAGCACCCCCCCGCUGGCGGGCAGCCCGCCCCCCAGCUGGGGCACGGGUCGGGGUCCUCCUCGGGUCCGCCCGGGUUUAAGCUGAAGGACGGGUGCGUCCACGACGUGUGGGGCCGGAGACACAGCUCCACCCCGGAGUACUACACCUUCCCCCAGUCGUACCGCCCCCGCGGGGGCUCCCUCACCAACCUGGAGGCCCGGGGCAUGCGGGGCCUCAGCUCUGAGAAACACGGGACCAAGCACAGCCCCGCCCGGCAGGCCUGCGCCCCCCAGGGGCCCCACAGCGUGGACACGCUGGUUCAGAAUCACGCGCCGAUGGGCCCGGGGCAGGGGUCCCCGGGCUCCGGGGCCAAGUCCAGCCCGGACCUCUCCCAGAGGCACAGGGUGGGCAAGGCGGGGGAUGGGGCUUGCUGUGCUAGUCCUGAGAGCAAGCGGGCGGGGCAGGGGGCGGGGCCCGGCACGCCGGAGCAUCUGAGGAAAGGGAGGGUCAUCGUCGGGAGUCCGGAGUCCAUACGACACCACCCGCACCACCACCACCUCCACCAACACCAGCACAGCCCGGGGUCUGACCAUGGUAAAGGGAGGUACGCUGGCGGGUCCCCCGGCAGGGAACUAGGACCGAGGCGACCCCCCGGGGAGGAGCUUACCGCCCACCAACGCAGCCUGUACAACGCUCUGAUAUCUGCCGGUUGCUGCACCAACUCUUGUAGGAGCGUAAAGCUUUGGGAUAGCUUUGACGCCUCCUGACCGUGAUGUGGCCCCCUCAACCUCUCGUACCAUCGGAUGCUGCACAGCCAACCUGCUGCAAGGAGAAAGAGACAGAGAGAGAGAGACAGAAGGAGAGACAGAGAGAGAGCCAGAGAAAGAGAGAGAGAGAGAGAGAGAGACAGAGAGAGAGAGCAUGGCAUUCGACGGAGAGACGGGUGAAUGGAAAGACACCUGUCCCUUAAUGUGAGAGUUCCAACACUUCAGGAUCACUUUGCGAUCAGGAAGCCCCUGAGGGCGCAGGAUACGGACAGCGAUAGACCCCCCACCCCCCCCCCCCCCCACCUCCAACCAACCCAACCUGUCUCUCUUUCUCUCUUCGAUGUCACGUAGGCUGACCUACUGCUGCUACUGCUGUGAUGGACCUCCGUGAAACCUACCCCCCACCCCUUUAGUCCAACAUUGCCAAAUUAAACUGAAAAAGGAAGCAAAAAACAAACCAACAAGAACAAAUUGAUAUUUGCCUACAGAAUAUAGAGAACCAUUGCAUUGAGGAAAGAAACGAAAAAAGAUCUUUAGAUGAACUGCUAUUCUUAGCACAGUGAUCUUUCAUACCUCAAAAAAAAAGAAAGGUCAUUCUGAUAUGCCAAAUAUUGGGAGAAAACAACCUUUUUUACAACAACCUGAUGUAUAGGUAUCGAAAAAGAUGAGUCAUUGUUCUAAAAUGUGCUGAUUCAGAAGAUCUCUGCUUACAAAGCGAUGUCGUCAUAGGAGUCGGGGCGGUCAAUGUUUGUAAAGUAGUCACAGAUUAAUGAACAAAAAAAAUGUUUUCCAUAAAUCAAAUGGAAUUAAACAUGAAAUAAUUGAAAUCAUCAAAUGUUUGUUGGCAGGAAGAAAACGAUAUGCCCCUCUUACCGAUCUGUUGUUUUCUCGCCCGAGGCACAAACAACAUCCUCUGUUUAUCCAUGAUUCAUUAUUUGGCUCAUUUAUUUAUUUGUUUUACUCAAUCGUUUCCGAAAAAAUCUAUUGCAGUAUUUUCAUAUUCAUGACUGUUUGUAAUUAUGACUGUGUUUAGGAGAGAAUAGGGGAUGAGGAGGGAACGUAUUAUUAUUAUAUAUUAAGUCAUCUGGUAUUUUAUGCGAAAAAAAUAAAAUAAUUACAUCCCAGUGUUACAGCAAAACAAACAGAAAAAGCAACGAACCCUGUGUCAGAGUUAACAUCGUGUAACCAUGGCAACUCCCUGUGUGUGUGUGUGUGUGUGUGUGUGUGUGUGUGUGUGUUUGUUCCUGCGUGUGCGCUUGCCUGCAUGUUUUUGUGUGGGAUUGUCCCCUCCAACUCAACCCAUGGGUCUGUUUUUGUUUUGGACGACAUGCCUCCCUGUUUCACCAUCAGCCAAAUAAACAAAACACAUAAACACAUCAAAGGGUUCCAGGAUACAGGAUAUUGGACGGGGCUCCCUUGGGAUCCCAGCGCAGCGGCGUAAAUACCGGAACGAAAAAUCCCCAGUUCGGGGGGGCACGUCCUCAGGUACGACGGGGGUGACACAGAACAUGUUGGGGAGCCACCCACGCCCUCGCAGUGGUGCGGGCGUGAACGUGCUCCCAGGCUGUUUGUGAGCUCUUUAACAACACAACACACAGACAAUCAGCAUCCCUGUCGGGUCCCCGGGGAUGGGGUAUGGCUCGGCUCGGUGUUGGUCUGAUCUGUGGUGAGGUACGAUUUAAGAGAGAGGGGAAUCGUAUCCCAUGACGGUAGAGAGAUCCUGCACUGGAGGAUCUCGACUAGCAGCACCGCGCAACUCGUGGUACCACACUUAUUGAUCAGCAUCAUUUAACGCUUCGUUUCAACGUUGACAUUAGGACGGUGCUUCUCAUUUUGUACUUGACUCCGUCAGAGUGCGAUUAGGACAAAUGGCUCUGGUCUAGAGUGAUUCAAGACGUUCGCUUUCAGCUGCAGACCUAGGAUUAAUGAAGAUGACAUUUACAUUCUGUACACACGCAACCAGGCACACACACACACACACACACACACACACACACACACACACACACACACACACACACACACACACACACACACACACACACACACACAC